CUCUUUUUUCUUCCCUGUCAUGUUUUAAAUGAGAAAACAAAUGUCUAUAAAGUAUAGAAUAGUGAAAGUAAAGUAUAGCAUAGGGAACAUUGUCAAUGCAAAUGUAAUAACUAUGUGGUGACAGAUGGCAACUAUACUUACUAUGGUGAGCAUUUUGUAAUGGAUAUGAAUAUUGAAUUAGUCUUUGAUACACCUGAAAUUAAUAUAAUGUUGUAUGUCAACGGUUUUAGUCAGGGCAAUUUUUUACAGUCUGUUAAGCACUGAUAGGGCGACUGGCACAUAGAAAUUGUUUAAUCAGAGGUUAACUCUAUCUUCAAAAAAGAGAGAAAUCAUAAUUCAAAAGGAAACAGAUUCUUUGCUUUUCAAAGAAUGGCUUAACUACACUUCAGUAUUUUACUAUCAUCAAUCCUAGUCACAUAGGUAACUAUGUAAGAGCAAAAGAGAGAUGUUUGAUUCUUUUAUGAAGUUUAAGGCUAAAGGAAAGCUGAAUCAGAUUUGUCUCUAACAUGGCUUUGUUCCCUGAUGCAAGUAAUCAUACUGGCUUUGUUAAACUCUCCACAUACUGGCUUUGCUAUUCUCCUGAUGACUUUAUCCAGUCUAACAUUUCCCAAGAUAACCUCACCUACUCUGACUUUGUUUUCAGGAGUAAGUUAUGUGAGCUUGUCCUUCUAGGAAAUUUCUAUUUCACUUAAUAGUGAAAUUGCUAGAAUGACUGGCCUAAUUUUGGCUGUCUCUCGCCCUAGCACAACUUUUCCUGCCCCUGUGCCCUUGCAGUCAAGGUGAAGGAGAGGAGCACAGCUUCCUCAGGCGGAGUAACCAAACAGAAAUGGGUCACCUGUGACACGAUAUCAGUCUGUCUAGGAGGGGGAAAUGGUCGGACUCUCAAAGUGUUGCAGAAGUGCAGGUGUUGAUCUUUUUCUCAUUGUUGCUUUGAAAGUCCACGUUUUCAUCAGGGCCACCCAAUCUGAUUUCUCCAUUCAUGACUUUCAAGCACAAGGUGGAACUUGGGGACUGGAUUCGUGAAGAGGCAGCAUAGCGUGGUAGAGAGGAAAGGCCGGACAUCAACCUGCCAGCGCUCUUCUGCUGGCGUCUGUAGAAUGCCCAGGAGGGGAGACGCUCUCCCACUCAUUGUGGUAAUCCUCAGAGCACCUCUGGGGCUCUGUUGCAGUUCCAGUUUGGACCGACGAUGACCGAUGAAGACGCGGUGCAGUUCGGUGCGAUGGAGAUAGGGUUCAAGGGACACCCGUUGCCACCAGCGCCUUACGCACCAGAUCCUCACGGUUCCCUCCCGUGUAAGAUGAUUCUAACGACAGCAACUGAGGUGCUGCUUUGAGGGUGAGAGAAAGAGUCCAGCAAACCCGGUUCAUGGCAGGGGGCUCCUAAUGACAGUUGUGCAGAUGCACUGACCCAUGUAGCUGCCAGUCAGGUGUUUCUACAUACGUUCAUAGAAAAUUUGGUCUCUCAGCAGCAGUAGUCUCAUUUCAAGUGGUCAACAGCCACCUAUGUCUGGGGGCUACCAUAUUGGAUAGUGCCGAUAUAGAACCUUUCCAUCAUCACAGAAUGCUCCGUUGGACAGCACUCCUAUCAUUAACUUGGAAUUUACACAGCCAGCAGAACUUCGGGCUGACCAAAAUGAUGGCCUUUGAAGUGGAAGUUCUCCUCGGAUGUUUAUCUGUGGAGAUGCAGAAAAUGCAUUUAAAGUAAGACUUAGUAUCAGAACAGCUCUGGGAGAUAAAGCGUAUGCCUGGGAUACAAAUGAAGAAUAUCUCUUCAAAGCAAUGGUGGCUUUUUCCAUGAGGAAAGUUCCCAACAGAGAAACAACAGAAAUUUCACACGUCCUAGUUUGCAAUGUAACCCAGCGAGUGUCCUUCUGGUUUGUGGUUACAGAUCCUUCGAAAAAUCACACCCUUCCUGCUGUUGAGGUACAGUCAGCCAUAAGAAUGAAUAGAAACCGGAUCAACAGUGCCUUCUUUUUGAAUGACCAGACUCUGGAAUUUUUAAAAAUUCCUUCCACUCUUGCACCACCCAGCGACCCAUCUGUGCCCAUCUGGAUUAUUAUAUUUGGUGUGAUCUUUUGCAUUGUCAUAGUUGCAGUCAUGCUGUUGAUUUUAUCAGGAAUCCGGCAACGUAGAAGGAUGAGCAAAGGACCAACUGAAGUGGAUGACAGUGAAGAUAAGUGUGAAAACACGAUCACAAUUGAGAAUGGCAUCCCCUGCGACCCUCUGGACACCAAGGGAGGGCACAUUAACGAUGCCUUCCUGACAGAAGAUGAGCGGCUCACCCCUCUCUGAAGGGCUGCUAUUUUGCUUCCCCAAGGAACCCAACACUGUGUCUGUGUAACUGCUGAGCAUUAUAAAUGAUCAAGGGCAAAUUGUAUAUUUUGUUCCACCAUUCUUCUUUUGUAAGAAAUUUUCAGCGUGCAUUAAGUAAAAGGCAAUCAGUUAUACCCAUGAAGACCUUUGGAAUCAUAAGCUGUUGACUCCUCAGAAUAUUCCAAAAUAUUUCACUGACAACACAAUGUGUAAGUGUAGUCAUGUAUCUUUAGUUAUUGGUUUAAAAAAAUGCAUUCAUGUUAAGCAUUUCCAGAAAUAAGGUCAGGCCACUACAUAUAUAUAUUUUUUUUUCUUUUCACACUUUGAAGACAUAAAGAGAAAUAUUUUUUCCAGUGGAGAAUACCUAUAAUAUGGUAUAGAAAUCUUUGAAAAUGGAUCCUUUUUGAAUAUUGUUUAUUUCACUCUGUAUAUGACUAAGUAAGCAAGAAUUAAAAAUAAUGAUUAUAACUGAGAUGGAUGAAAAUAGGAGUGUCAAGACAUGAAGUGAAAUUUGAUCCUGUUAUCACAUGAAUACUUGUUUGUUGUCUGUCAGUCUCUAAUAGGGUAGCGCUAUUUGCUGACUAUUUCUGCAAUUUGUAAAAGUACAUUCUAUGUGAAUUUAAUAAAGUGCUAAUCCUUUCUUUUUAAUUAUG